CUUUAUGAUCGUGUCUCAUGAUUAAACAUUAGAGUAAACACUACACAAGAGGCAGGACUACCUGAACUACAUUUCCCGGUAUAGCGUUUGUCAAUUGUGUCCAACUCAAUAUGGGUGGGAUAUUGAGUUCUUAACAAAGUCACUACUGCUCUGUUAUAAAUGCAUGCCUUUAAAAUGAAUAUACCUCUCCCAUGAGCCAUUGCGGUGAGAAGUUGCGUAUCCAUGACAGCCUGGUUGUUGUUGUUGUUGUGGCGUUAAUCCUCUAUGGAGCUUAAUGGAUGUAAACAUUUCAAGUGAUUUCUUUAGUUUGCUGUGUAUUUAGCAGUGAAUUAAAAUGAGCAUAUUUUAUUUUGUACAAAGCCAUAUGCUUGUUAAUUAAAUGUACAUAAAUAUGUGCAUUUAACAGAUAGUUCAGCUAUUUUCACUUUAGGAAGUUUAACGUUAACUUCUCACAUAACGUUAGGCCUCGAACUGGCUCAGAAUACAUCUAUCGUUAGCUGCACUAGCUAACUAGCUAGCUAAAAGUUACAGCGAACGAUGCUUAACCCCCGGCAAGGGAGCCAUCGGGGCCGGGGAUCAGAAGCUAGUCCGACGAGGGAAUGCCCGAAAAUAGCGAUGUGUCGAUGAAAGCUAAGAGGAGUUGCAAGAAUGAUUUCGCGAUACACAAGGCGACCUGUGUCGCACAAUCUGGAGAUUCGCGGGAUCUCGCGGACCAGUCUGGACCAUCACCCCCUUCCCGAGGAGGCCGAUGAUGAGUACCUACCUCAGCACCUCCUACACGACCUGCAGGAGACGCUGUCCACCUGCAACAGCUCAGAGGCGUCCGGGGCUUCUGGGAGGUCAGGCUGCCCCACCGUUACCAGCGGCGACACGGGAAGAUCAUGGUCCGGGAUUAACAGCUACACGGGAACGGGGGUCUCCACGGAGCGAAGCUCUGUCUUCUCCUGGGGCUACGACGAGUUCGACAAGGCGGCCUCUCGGCAGGUCCAGCAGAUGUUUGAGGAGAUUGAGGAGGAGCUGUACGAGGGGCGGGGCGGAGGGCAGCUUCGGGGGCUCCAGGAGGAGUGUCAGCAGUGGGCCUCCAGGUUCCCGCACCUGCGGAUUCUGGGGUCUCAGCUGGUUUGUCCCACUGAUGAGGGCUUCCAGUGGUUCGCCACCACGAGCAAAGGGGCGGCCACCAGCGCACCAGCCAAGGACGGCAAAGACAGGACCAGCGCUGAGCUGAGUGUUCAGGGCCAGAAGGCAGUGAUGUCCAAGCCUUGUCUGGAGGGUGACCAGCGGCCCGGCUCCCCCAGGGGCUCCGGGUUGGAGGAACCGCCCAGAGUGAUCGAAGCUGAAGGACUGAUGGAGGAGUACCUGGCCUUCGACUGUCGAGACAUGGAUGGGGAGUGGGAGGGCACUCAGGUGGGGAGGCGUCGCCGCUGUCUGCCUCCCGUCUCUCCGUACCGCUGCCGGCAGCAGGCGGUACUGGACCUGCUGUUUGACGACGUGUGGUGCGAGCUGAUUGGCUGGAUGGAGGAGUUGGUUCGACGUCACUGGGAGGGCUGCGUCUCAGAUGAGGAGAAGAACGCGGCUGCCCUAAGCCCCGCCCACCCCGACCCGCACAACCCCUUCCUGCUGCUCUCCACCCUGCCUGCCGUCCUGCCCCGCCUGGGCCACACGAGGGCGCCACUGCUAACCUCCAGCCUGCAGCCGCAGAGCGCAAAGUCGUGGGGUUCAAAGCACAAGUCCAGGCGGAAAUCCAAAAAACAGAGAAAGCCGUCUACUUCCAGUCGGGUCCCCGUGGGCGGGGCUGUAACACAUCACAACCUCAAUGACCUCAUUGUGAUCCAUGGCAUCCCCCUUCAACAGAGGAACCUGGGGGUACUGGACAAAACGCAGGAUGCCGAGGAGAGGGGGUCCCAUCGGCCAGGUUCCAGCAUGGCCCCCUCCGCCAGGCCCCGCCCCCGCCGCACCUUGGAGCAGAGCUCCUCCUCUCUGUCCCGCCCCCCGCAGUCAGCCCGCCGCCGGAAUCCGCCUCCCCGCACGCUCCUCCCCCUGGUGCCCAGCCCCGCCCAGUCCAGCACGGCCGGCUCCAUGGACGAGGUCAUUCGCGGGACUCGUCUGCCAACUGCGAGUGACCGGCUGGCUUCUCCACUCAUCCCCCUCAGCCGAAACACGCUACUGCCCCCCAUUGGCGCUGGAGACAUGGAGCCCCCCCACACAGGACUGCACCCCCGACCUGUACAGCGGCAGAGGGGAACCUCCAGCCGGGCUCACAGCGCAGUGACUGAAGAGGCGGGCAGCCUGCUGCCCAGGGACAGACUACACCUGCUGGACAUCUUCUCCCGCCCCAACACCACCCACACCUUCAGAUCCGACACGCCGUACCGCCGCUCGUUCACGGUGCUGGAUAACAUCGCGCAGGGACGUCCCGGACGAGCGUCAGUGGGCACAGACUCGCUGGGCAUCGGGGUGACGGGCAUCAGCCUCGGGAUCUGCAGCUCCUCCUUCCUUGACUCGUUCACUCACCACACGCUCGGCCACUCGCCCAUCGAGGACGAGGAGGAGCCCGACGCGCAGGCUCCGCCCCCAGCGCUUCUGGUGCCUCUGUCUGUUCCCUCUCGGUCCCACAGUCGGGGGGGCCUCACCUCACGGAGCAGCCGACCAGGACUAUAGCACCACCCCAUUGCCCCCCCCCCCCCUCUUAACCAAACACCUCAACACUACAGCACACCUCCGAGCCAAGCCAUCAGUGUGGGGCUCCACCCCCCUCUGGAGCCCACACUUAAUACUGCAGCUCUUUUAUACACCCACCGUUAGGCCAUCCAUUCAUUUCCUUUUAUUGUUUUUUUCUAAAGACCUAUUUUUGUAUGUCGAGUUCCAGCUUAAGUGGCUGCCAAAGACAGUUUGCUGUCUAACACUUCCACUCCGUCCCCAUUACCCUCGUACCACCCCCCCC